UUUGACUUUGUAUGAUCGCAGUCAAUGCGGACGGUGAAGGAUAAAUGUCAGUCUCAUCUCAUAGUCCAUUACCAGACCCUAGUCAAUUACUAUUUCCCCAGCACAAGAAAAGAAACGCAACAACGACACGUCCCCGCAAAGACCGGCUUCCGCCUUCACCUCCCUGCCUACAGCUCCUCGCAAUUCUUCAGUCUCUCCGCCACUGCAGCUCGCAGUGAAAGUAGAAUUCACUCCCUAUUCAUUCCAUUUGCAAAAGCAUGGUGGAUUCGAAGGUGGAGACCAUCUCCAGACUAGCCCAGUGGAGGAUCGAGAACUUCGGUCCUUGCUCUUACAAAAAGUCCGAUCCUUUCAAGGUCGGCAUCUGGAAUUGGCACUUAUCCGUGGAGAAGAACCGAUACCUCUACGUUCGUUUGUUUCCGGAGUCGUCGAGGGCAUCGAAAGAGCAGCCUCCAAUCGCGAAAUUCGUCCUCAGGGUGUCGUGCAAUACCGGCAACAAUCGGAGGCCUUACAUUUCUCCGAUUCAUGAGAGAUUGCUUCGGACAUGCGAUGAUUUUGUGUGGCCUGUUGAAAGCAACUUUCAAGGUCGCUUCAUCAUUGAUGUAGAGUUUUUGGAUCUCAAGAUCUGCCCUCUGAAUGGUGGUGAAAGCUGUUCAAUAUGGCCCAGCGACGGAGCAAUGCAAUCUCUCUCGACUCAAAGCACCCUCAGAUGUCUAUCUCGGAUGCUGGAUGAAGGAAUCCAUGCCGACGUCACCAUCAAUACCGCUGAAGGUGGCACCUUGAGGGCUCACAAGGCAAUCCUCUCCGCAAGUUCACCCGUUUUUCAGAGCAUGUUCCAUCACGACCUCAAGGAAAAGGAAUCAUCCACCAUCUACAUUGAUGACAUGUCUCUGGAAUCAUGCGUGGCUCUUUUGAGCUACCUGUAUGGGACAAUUAAGCAGGAGGAUUUCUGGAGGCAUCGUCUUUCGUUGUUGGGCGCUGCAAACAAGUACGACAUUGCAGCUCUCAAAGACGCUUGCGAGGAAAGUCUGUUGGUGGAUAUCAAUUCGGGGAAUGUGCUGGAGAGGCUGCAAGAAGCGUGGUUAUACCAGCUGGAUAAACUGAAGAAAGGCUGCUUGACGUACUUGUUUGAUUUCGGCAAGAUAUAUGACGUGAAAGAAGAGAUUAACAAUUUUUUCAGGCAGGCUGAUAGAGAGCUGAUGUUGGAGAUGUUCCAGGAGGUGCUUACAGUAUGGAAACCAGUGUAAUCUUUUCGGAUCUGCUUCCCCCUGAAUAUUCGAACCAACGAAUGGUCCAAAAGUUUGUAUAGUGGUUGUGCCACAACUGGUUGGAUUGCAUGUCUCAAAAUUGGAUGUUUCCGUAGUUAUGCAUACAAUGUGAUCAUGGUUGCUUAAUUAGCUGCUAGAGUGUAGUAAUAUAAUUAGUUAGCAGUGAUAAACUAGUGAUUAAUGUCAAGCCUUAACUCUUUGUUUUUUUAUAAUAG